AUGAAGGGGAAGAUUAUGUUGAUAGCGUUAUUGGCGCUUUUGAGUAUUACCUAUAGCAUUGAGGUAGGGACGAUCCGAUGUGGACCAUACAUGUGCCGCAGUAACCAAUCGUGUGUGAAUCGACGCUGCGUCAAUCCUUGUGAUGCAGAACCCUGUGGCGAUAAUGCUAAUUGUGAUGUCCUUCGUCAUCUUCCAGAAUGUACAUGUCGUCCUCUGUACACCGGAAAUCCUUACGUGUCAUGUAGACUCAUUGAAUUUGAUGAA